GUGUUACUGGACGGAAGGACGGUUCCUAGCCUGUCCGAAACAUUCAACUUCCGAAGGGGGAAGUGAGGUCUCGGAUAAUCUUUUACAUUUUACGAAUUGGCUUGGUGUGUAUGUCCAUCACCAUUCUCAUUAAACUGUAAUGAGCAAGCCCGCUGCCGCCCAGCCUUGGUUUGCUGCACCAUGUAUGUACGGUAGCUUGCACCACAAUGCAAGCGACUUCCAGAAGAGUGGAUACUUUUCGAAGGAUUCAACGAGCGGGAGGCUGCUUGGUGUGAUGGAUACUAAAGGGAGGUUCAUGUGUACCGAAACUUCACGAUGUUGUUCUCAACCAAGUCUAUCCCGUCAUUGGCCGUUGGCUUCUUGGCCAUCUGGUCCUGCACCGCCCAAUUAGCAGAAACCGACGCGCCUACGCCCACCCAGCCCGCUCACUGCUCGACCACCAUUGACGACUUCGAGCACAUGACCGGCUGGGUGACCACGCACAGUUGCUAUACAUACACUUCAACCACACAGGCCUCGUCGUGUCCAACCUACUCCCGGGAUCCUUCGGCCAUCUGCCCGUUGUACAUCCAAGUAUCCACAAUCGACGUCCCUUGCGCGACAGACUGUUGCCCGACGACAGGCACGACGUACGUCACCGAGGCCUCUUGCUCGACGAGUGUGCCAUGCCCGGUCUCUACGGAAUACAUAACCUCGACCACGGGCUGUGCUCCUUCUGCAAAGCCUUGAGCACUUCGGAGGAUGUUGGAGUGAGUAAACAAGAUAUGAAAGUGCGUCGCAAUGCGACUCGGACUGGGGCUAGACGCAGAGAUAAA